CACGGGUACGUAGAGUAAGAGCGCGAUGCAGAACGUGGGUAAUAGUCGGCGGCGCGAGCAGCUGCCUCGCCAUGGAUUGUCAAUGCUGUCGCUGUACAACGAGGCACCGUUGGUGGAGGUGUCUCUGGAACAGUUUGAGGAGUUCGCCAUCGAUCGACUGCAUGUACUGAAGGCGGUGGAGAACUAUCGCCUGCGCAGUGUGCAGAUGAAAGACCGUGAGGGACGUCUGGAGAAGACGCUUAACAAGCAUAUGCCGCUGCGCUCGGCUGCCCCUAGACGCACGGGUCAAGCAGAUGACGACACGGCCAAGGAUGUGCUGUCACAUUUCUUCCUGCGCAUGGCCUUUUGCCAAACUGAGGAGCUGCGUCGGUGGUUCCUCACACAAGAGAGCACACUCUUCCGUUAUCGCCUGGAUAAACUGACGCGGGAGGAGAAGAUCCAGUUUAUGAAGCAGAACGGACUGUCGUACGAAGAGGCAACGAUGAAGGAGAUUGAAGCGAGGCAGAGCAAGUUGAAGGCUGUGAGGGACUCCAAUGACUUCAAGGUGCGCGGCCAACCACUGCCUGCAUACUUCAAGGUUCCCUUCACAGAAGCUCUGGACCUGGUUGCUACUCGACGAGUGUACAUUGAGGCUGGUACAGCUUUUGUGCCGUUUGAGCACGUCGUGUCCAUCCUGUUUGCUGCCUUCCGUGCCAAUCUGUCGAAGGAACUAUCGGGAGCUUUCCGCAAGUACAAUCGCUCGUUGGUCAGCAAGGACGAGCGCCUUGCGCCUGUAUUAUCGAACCUUGCUAAGCACCACAUCGACGCCGACUACUCUUCCACACCUGUGCCUGGAUCGGAGAAUGCGAUCAGACCAGAUAUGAUCGAUGGUCUUGCUGCCACCUCCAUGCCACUUUGCAUGCGCUCACUGCACAAGGGACUGAAGCUUAACCACCAUCUCAAGUUCGCAGGACGUCAGCAAUAUGGCCUGUUCCUCAAGGGUAUUGGACUUCAGCUGGAUGAUGCUAUCGCGUACUGGAAGCAGGAGUUCUGCAAGAAGAUGUCGGUCGAUGAUUUCAACAAGAAAUACGCCUACAACAUUCGUCACAACUACGGUAAAGAAGGUAAACGCAAGGACUACGCGCCUUCCAACUGCAUGCGCAUCAUUACUGGCGAUCCGCCCAAGAACGGCGAGUAUCACGGUUGUCCGUUCCGUCAUUUUGAGCAAGAACACCUGCGUAAGGCGCUGCAAGGCGUGUCAGAAGGAGACAAACAGGAGAUCUUGUCUCUCGCAGAGAACCACCACUACCAGAUCGCCUGCAAAAAAUACUUCGAAGCUACUCACCCUGGUAGCGACCCUGACGUCCUUAUCAACCACCCCAACGGAUACUAUGAAGAGAGCCGCAAAUACUAUGCCACAAAAGAGAAGGGAGUCACUGUUACCGCUACUUAG